UUCCUCUGCCUCCGUAUCACUCAGUCCAUCUCUCAAGUGUGAGCAAGUGAGCGGCGUGAGGAGUCCUCGGCUGUAUGACUCAGGCUCAGGGGCAAAGGAGAUCACCAAUGGAGUGCUUCAACAGCCUCCUCCUCAAACUACGGGAGGUCCACGAGCGAGAAGUGGAGGGGUGGCAGGUGAAAAUCCAAGAGCUUUCCAACAAGAAGGGCUGUGAUACAAAGCGAAUGGAGGAGCUGUUCACCAAAAACCAGCAGAUGAAAGAACAGCAGAGAUUACUCACCGAAAACAUUAAGACUCUGGAAAACAGGUUAAGAGCGGGGCUGUGUGACAGAUGUACAGUAACUCAGGAGGUAGCCAAGAGAAGACAGCAGGAAUUUGAAGCCUCGCAGAUACAGAGCCUCCAGCACAUCUCUCUUCUGGCGGGAGAGAUGAACAACCUGAAAAAGGAAAACAGGAAACUAAGAGAUGAGCUAAGGAAUGUAAGAGCAUCACUUGACAGAGGUCAAAGCGACCACUCCUCGAAUAGCAGCAUCACCGCAGAGGUCAAAGUAAACAGCUCCCCUGACCUUUCACCCCCUUCGGGACCUGUGGCCCUCAUCACUAUGGCAACCAGCAGGGCCGGUAACCAGCCAGCAGAUGGCAAUGUUGCAGUGAAAGCUGAGGUAGAGCAAAGAACUGAAGAAUCUGAACACAGACAGCUCAGAGGGAUGAGCAGAAGCCACUUUGAGUCAUACAAGCCUCUUUCCUGGAAGACAGAGCAUAGUGUAACCCAUGUUGGAGAAAGGAGAGCUCAGACUGUUGAAGGACUGGACCAGCGACCUUCCACUCAUCCUCAGGCUCUCCUCCUUAAGAAUUCUUCUUCCUCAAACAGCAGAGAGGUGAACCCUAGCAGACAUGUGCUCCAUGCUCCUGUCCCCUGCCGUCCUCAACCGAUCAAGAGCAGCCAUGUUACUCUCCCCUGGCCCCUACCUGAGUCCUCUGACUGGGUCACUGAGGCUGCAGGGACCAGCCUGGGGGUGCAACCUUCCACCAAACCAAACCUGCCACGCUUUCCCAACCUGAUCCCAACAAGCCAAUAUGCCAGUUCCAGAGGGCCAAUGUUUGGGUCUCCCUGGCACAAACAGAACUUCUCCCAGCCCCUUUCCAAAGAGCCAACUGUGGUGUUCAGGUUGAGAAGUCCAUCAGAGCAGAUGGAGAGUCAAAGUAAACUGCAGGAGAAAAAGGAGCUUCCACCAACCAAGACUGAGGUGGUCGCUGGGGAAAGGCUUAGAGAGGCGUACGAGGGGCCUCUGGACCUAUCUGAUCGAGGAAAAGCCAAAUCAAGCCAAACGCCAAGAGAUGAUUCACCUUUAGCCUUACAAGGUGGGGAGAAAGCACAGAGGAGCCCUGACAAGGAUGGGAAGGCACUUGGACCAAUAUCAACACCCUGUCCGGCUGCCCCUGACUCAUCCUCCCUUACCUCACCAAUCAAACAACAAGAGGAAGAGUCUAUCAGCGACCGUAACCACAAGGUAAUCACAGAUCAAGAGCAGGAAGAGGAGGUGAUUGAAAAGAUGGAACAAAGCAACGGGAAAAAGGUGCCUGUCCUCACAAUAUCAUUACGUCCAGCAGUAGUGGUGCUGGAGACUCUGAAUCCGGCGAUGCAAGAAUCCUUAUCAUCAAAUGGCAAGUCGUCGUCACCAGCAGUUGAGCGGGGAGGCAGCUCAGACGAGCAGGAUGACAAGGAGAGUGUUUCAGGACUAGAAGGCAGCCAGGGCUGCAAGAGGAAGAGGGCAUCAGUGGAGACGGAAACUGAUAGAGACUCUGAGUCAGACAACAUCCACCAGGAGAGGAAGAUCAAAAUCACAGUCAGAGCUGAGGAGAAGAGCUCUUGCUAAAGAGUGUGAUCUCAUGUUGACUUGGUGAUGUCACUCAAACCUGCAUCAAGUGAUUGUUUUAGCCACCUGGGGGCAGCACAGCAACCUGUAAACACUUAGGCCCAUUUCACACAGCAGCGCGUACGUCAGCAGUGCUGAACGUGUUGUUUUUUAAUUCGGCGCCCAUGUUAUCAAGUUAGAGCAUCCACACUGCCCGCCUAAGCAGCGUUUGUCAGCUGCGUCUCAGCUGCAGCACAUCUAGAGAAACGGUGGCUCGAAGAUUUUUUCUGCAUGAUGCACAGGUUUGUCAGCAGAAAUAAACAGUGAAAAUGGUGUUUUCAUGAUUAAAUUGACUCUAGAACACCUUUUACUGCAGUUUAAAAGUCUCUCUCUGUCACAGAGAUGAGGAAAUACAAAAACAUCUGUUUUACUGCAAC